AUGGCCGAGGUGAUCGGUACUGUUGCAGCGGUCUUGCAACUGGCCCAAGCAGUCGCCUCAACAGCCCUCGAAGUCUACGAUUUCUUUUCCGUGAUUCAGAAUGCCCCACGAGAAAUCCGGGUCAUCAAUACAGAUGUGCAUGCAUUUUACAUGCUUGUCAAUAAUUUGGCAACAUCCUUACUAAGUCCCAGUGUUGUGGCCGCUGUUGCUGACGAUGCCGAGAUUGAGACUGCCCUCAAGACCUUACUUGAACCUAUGAGGAAUUGCCGUGUGGUGUUGAACCGCAUGAAAGAUAAGCUCAGUCCUCAUUUGAAGCCAGAUAUGUCUACAGCCCAGGCCGCUGGUCAAGAUUCAGAAGGUGGCAGUUCGAUUUCAGCUGAACGAUUGCGAAUGAGAAGCGGGAAUGUGAGUUGGUACUUCAAAAGGAGAGAAGUUUUUGCUACGGCUCUCGAGUUGGAAAGAACCAAAGCAACCUUUGGGGCUACUAUGGGAGGUAUCACAAUGAUCCUGGUGCUCAAGGGAGCAAGUUUGAAGGAUCAGCCAAGGAAGAUGGCCUAUAAGCACGAGUUCGAUCAAGACGCCGGCUCAGCGUUGAAGGUUUACGCCACUUCUGUAUUCGAGGUUGGAGAGGAUGACCGAUCAGUCAAUGAGUCCACGGAAUCCUUUUCCACCAAAGUGGGCAGCUCAACCACCGGCCUUUCAGCAGACCCAGUUCUCGCCGAAGAGCUCAAAGCAGGAGUCAACAGCAGAUCCAAAUUUGUUGUGGAAGCUGUCCUCCAACAUGUGCACGUCGAUGUUCGAGAUUCAAAGGGCAGAACUGCCUUAUCAUAUGCGGCGGAGAAUGGGCAAAUCGAAAUCACGGAGUUGCUGCUUGAAAGGGGCGCCCUAGUAUCGGCCCGGCAUUACAGUCUCAGUAGCUGCCAUCGCGAUAGUGGAAAGAGCCCGAUACAUUGGGCCGCCAUGAAAGGACACAGAAACAUUGUUGAGCUGCUCUUGCAGUACGGUGCUAAUCCAAAUGCGAGGACAACAUCUGGACGCACCCCGAUACAAGAAGCUUCGGCGGCGGGCCAUAAUGACCUUGUGGCGUUUUUCAUUUCCAAAAAGGUGAACAUCCACGCUCAGGCUUACUCCGAUGGCUGGUCGUGCUUGCACGAGGUUGUGUUCUUGAGGAAUAUCCCAGGAGUCAGGCUCUUGGUUGACGGCGGAGCCCUCUUGAAUGUUCAAAUCACAAGUUCCAAAGCACCACUACAUCUCGCGGUGGUUCAGCAAAGCAUUUCCAUAAUGGAGAUACUACUCCAAGCCGGAGCUGAUCCGAACAUACCAAUGAAUGAAGACAUCACACCGCUUCAUCUAGCUGCUGCGGCAGGAUGGACUUUGGGUAUCGAACUCCUCGUCCGAUUCGGCGCUGAAUUGGAUGCAAAAGAUUCUUUGACACAUGAGACACCGCUCCACAAGGCGGCCAGAAAUCGUGAACUGCAUGGUGUUCAAAAGCUUCUCGAAUUGGGAGCCAAUCCAGAAGAAACAAACUGUGAUGGGCAGAACUAUGAAGAUAUCUCGAAUUGUGCUCAAGCGAGCCCACAAGACUGGGCUGUGGACAGCUAUCGAGGUGCAUAUCUCAUGUCAUUACACGCA